CGGCUUCAGAAAUACUUCAGCUAAAACAACUUCAGCUAUUACUCCUCUACAUUCAAGGAAGGAGGGUCAUUUUGCCAUUUUGAUUUUUCCGUAGUUGUUUGACACAAAAAUGUUUUUAAGGACUUUUCUCAUUAGUCUCUCACUGAAUUUAUGGUGCUGUCAGUGUAUUAAACAUACAGGAACGCCAUGUAUUGACACCACUGAUGAAGCUGAAAAUCUUCUGAACAGGAUUAGAUAUGUUGCUCGAAGCUGCAAAGAAAUUCGUGACAAGUAUCAAAUUCAUGAUGAUGGCCUAUACUAUCUGACCACAGCAAAUGGGGUGCUUUACCAGACGUUCUGUGACAUGACCACUGCGGGCGGUGGCUGGACUCUCGUGUCUAGUGUUCAUGAGAACAACAUGUAUGGAAAAUGCACUGUUGGUGACCGCUGGUCAAGUGAACAGGGCAGUAAUCCCAGCCGCCCUGAUGGAGAAGGAACAUGGUCAAACACAGUAACUUUUGGAACAGUACUGGCUACUACAAGUGAUGACUACAAGAAUCCUGGAUACUUUGACAUUGUAGCACAGGAUGUGUCUGUGUGGCAUGUUCCUAAUAAUGUUGAGUUGCAGCAGUGGAAAUCUGCCUCCAUCCUGCGAUACCACACUGAAUCUCAUUUCUUAAAGGAAAAUGGUGGAAACCUUUUUAGUUUAUUCAAGAAGUACCCAGUGAGGUUUGGAAUAGGAGCAUGUCAAACUGACAAUGGACCUGUUAGUCCAGUAGUGUAUGACACUGGUGAUGCAGCAUACACCAGAAACCUGUACGGCCCUCAAGCACGAGAGGAGUUGGAGCCCGGAUUCAUAGCAUUCAGAGUCUUCAACCAUGAAAGAGCUGCUAUGGCUGUUUGCUCUGGAGUUAAAGGAACUGGUUGUAACACUGAACAUUACUGUAUUGGUGGAGGUGGACACUUUCCUGAGGGGACCCCUAAGCAGUGUGGGGAUUUUACAAGUUUUGACUGGAAUGGUUAUGGUGCCAAUACACACUGGAGUGCAUCUAAAAGUUUAACCGAAGCAGCAGUACUCAUGUUUUAUCGCUGAAAAACUAAUUCAUCAAACAAUUCCAGAAUCAUUGGUGUAUCUGCCAUUUUUAUAAUUUACUGUAUGUCUUUAACAAAAUAUCAAAAUUGUAAUGCAUAAAGAGAUGGUACUGUAGGUCUGUGGUGUAAGUGUGGCUUGUGCAACUUUUAUGACAGAUACAUCUGGAAAUCAAUUUAAAAAAAUUCUGAUUUGAACUUUACAUAUAUAGAUUCUCUUGAUUUAAACUUCAGAGUAUAAUUAUUAUUUUUCAAAUGCUGAAACAGAAAUUAAUCUAACGUAAAACAGUGGUAGACAGCUAAUUGGGCCACAGGUAUUGUUUCUAAAUUCUGCAAUGACAACACUGAAUGGUGACAACAGUUUAAAGUGAUGUUUGAUUUCAUCAUUCCAAAAGAGGUAAACACCAAAAUGACCUUAUAUUAGUACCUUGCCAAAAUAAGCUGCAUUCAAGUAACUUUGAGUAAAAAUGUAUAGAAAAUCUUUCAGUUCAACCGAAAUCUUUUGUCACCGUCACAGCAAUGAUCCUUGCUUGCACAUAAAAUACACGCAGUCCUUUAUCAUUUUGGGUGAAAGUGGGCAUGAUCAUUUCUACCAUAACAAUGCCAUAUUCCACAUGUCAAAUUCAAUAGAAGAGAGAUCCACUGACUUGACCUCUUUGCAAAGGCUUAUUGUGGUUUCGGAAUUAGUGAGACGUGACUUUAAAAAUUAUAUGAAUUAUUUUAAAAACAAAUAAAUAUUGAAAUGGUUUGUGUACAUUUUAGGCAAGAACCCUUAAAAAAGGUCAUAUAUUUGUCAAAAAAAGCACAUUUGUGGGUCACAUGUCUUUUGUAGGACGCUUUGAAUAAAAUGUAAAUGGACAAAA